AUGGCGGGGCAGGAGCCGGGGGCGGCGGCGCCGCAAGGGCGAGGGUUUCGGAUAUACGCGAGGCAAGCUGGGGAAGGGCUUCGAGCCAGGCCGAGGCUCCGCGCGGUGACCCUCGGGCCGGUCGCGUUGGUGGUGCUCCUGCUGCUGGCGUGGUCGUCCGCCAACGAGGGUGGCGCGGUCCAAAGGCGCGAGGCCAGGGGCGUGACGGUCGAGGAUUCGCGGGUACAGAACGCCGAGCCGGUGAAAGCGACGCCUGCUCAGGUCGUGAAGGCGGUCGUGCAGCCGGACGACGGGGGUUUCGUGCCGUUCGCGCGGCGCAAACGUCCGGGCGCGAGGGUCAAAUCAAAAUCCAACAACGAAGCCGCGAACGAAGCCACCGAGCAGACCGGGCCAGUCACGGGGGUUGAGGGUGAGGACGAGGAAGGGGUGCGAAGGUCAUCGCGCAAUGAGCCAAUAGUCGUCAAGGCAGAGGAUGUCGAGCGCGCCAGAGCGGAGUCGGAGGCGCGCGAGAGGGCGAUAGCCGAGGCGAGCGAGAGGAGGAAGGAGAGAGGGGAGAAAUCGCCGGCCAAGUUGUCCGAGGAGAAGACGGCGACGGCGUACUCCAAUCCCAACGUGGUCAUCGACAGCAAGCACGACCACCUGUUCGAGGACGACGACGACCAAACGGGCUCGGGCUCGGGUGAACCGAAGACGACACAACCGAAGAAGAAGACGGAUGAGCCGAAGAAGGAGAUGGAUCAACCGAAGAACGGCGGUCGGGUCGGGUUUUACCUGCAGAUGGCGAACGAGCCCAAGGCGACGCUGGAGCUGAUUCGGUCCGUGAGGGUCCACUUUCCCGACGCUCCGCUGUCGGUGACGUCGGACGCGGGCUCGUACGACUGCUCGGCGGCGUGCGAAACGUACGGGUGCGUGUUCACGAGGGAGGAUACCACCGCGGGAAUGCACGGCGGCGGCGGCGUCAUGGAGUACGUCCGGCGGCUGAAACGCGCGGCGGAGUCGGCGGAGACGGAAUGGAUCGUGCUGCUCGAGGACGACGUCAGGGUCGAACGGGGCGUGACGCGGUGGCCGAAGGAGGGUAUCGACGGAGGGGGAGUCCAGGACUGGAGGUGGACGGCGCCCCUGUCGAAGGAGCUACUCGCGGAGAUUGCGCGGCGCAACGGGGGAAGGGCGCCGAGCUAUAAGAAUUACGGUUUGUGCGGCGGCGCCAUCGUCCGGGCGUCCGCGCUGGCGAGCCUGCCCGACGACCUGCCCGAGGAGGAGAUGCGUUCGCUGCAGAAGAUGGACGACAGGUUCGGCAUGUGGAACGACGUCACCCUGAGCGCGCUGCUCAUGCUCGGUGGACACGCGCUGGAGCCUUGGGACGACGUCAAGCAAGGUAACCAUCCCGCGCACGCAACCGCGUUUGUGCACAACGACAAACGGUGGUACGGCGUGCGCAUGGACGCGGAGGACAAGAAGCUGUGCAAGCCGCAGGAUAAGGUGUGA